AUGAUUAAGAAAGGCUACGAGACGAUAAAAACAGACGAAGAUGAUGAUAACCAUUCGGCCACUCAUCCUGCUAGUUCUGCAAAUUUUCUUUCGCUUCUAACCUGUUGGUGGAUGAACAGCACAUUCAGAACAGGAAACAAGCGGCCAUUAAACCAAUCAGAUUUCCUGCCGCUGAACGAAGAAGACAGAACACGUGACCAAACAGAACGUCUUCAAGAACUGUGGGAUUUUGAAGUGCAAAGAUGUAGCACCAAUGCUGAUCGAAAGCCAAAGCUUUGGAAAUGCUUUCUAAGGAUGCUAUCCUGUAAAGAAAUUCUGUUUCUACUGAGUUUUUGGUUCCUGGAGUCUAUCUUCUUGGUUUCAGUUCCUUUAGUACUCGGGCUGCUUCUCAGCUCAUUAAACUCCGCAGAGAUAGAUCGACCCCUUGUAUACGGCUGCUGUUUGAUUAUAGGAAUGACAGGAGUAUUUGCCGCUACCACACAUUACGCUGAAUUUAGAUGUGAUCUUCUGGGCAUGCGCUUGAGUAGUGCUCUCAAAGGAAUUAUUUAUCGAAAGGUGAGUGAUAAUUGAAUGAAGAGUUUUCGUUGCUUCGUUUCGUUUCUUCUUCUUUUUUUCUUCAUCUUCCACUGAUCUUCUUUUUCCUAGUUCUGUUAUCAUUAUAAUUUUCGUUACCAUUAUCAUGAUAAAGCUUUUUGUGGUGGUCGUCUUCCCGAAUGGCACAUGAUGUUUUGGUGAAAUUGCUGGUUUUCAGUGUCACGCCAUUCAAAAUAGAACAAAAUAAAAAUCAAAACCAUUCGACAGAUAAAGUCCAGAAUCUGGGAAAUGAAAGGUCGGAGGUAAAUAUACAAAGACCCUCCCCAAGAUUUGGGUCGAAGGAAUAAUUCGUGUAGGAGAUAUCCGAGGAAAUGUUUUACCCAAAUUUAUAGAGCUUUAUGGAGACGCCAUGCUGGAGCUCAUCCGGAUGAGCUCCAACAUGGCGGACGGAAACCAGCAAGUUUUGCUACAAAAGCGUGAAUUUACUCCUAGAGGAACUCAUAAACAUGAAAGUAAUACUUUUUCUAAUACUUGAACUGUUUAGAUAGCAAAAGUCCUCGAAAAAAGUCACUUUUUUAACUUAGAAAUUCAAGCGUACUUUAUUACAAAACCAAGAAACCUUUUGAAGCGAAAAUUUGUUUGAAAAUUAGUUUUCAGCUGCUCUAAUACACCAUGAAAGUAAAAUCUCAGUAGGAUCGAUAGUUUUGUAGUUUGAAUUUUAGUGACGUCAUGUGAAAACCAACAAUACCUAAUCAGGAAAAUACUAUUCUACGCAGUUUCAUCGUGUUUAAUAACAAAUAAUCUGAAUUGAAAUCAACUAUGACAAUUUUUCUACAGUUUUUACUUUGCAUAUCACGUUAGGUGCCAAAAGGGGUAAGAUUUAUCAGUGCAGUUUCAUUAAAGGACAUAGUAUAAUUUAUUUAUUUGCAGAUUCUUUUGGUCACUCAACAAAGCCUGCUGAAAACAACAACAGGCAAGGUCAUGGACUUGAUAUCAAACGAUGUUCAGAGAAUGGAAACGGCUCCUACUGGGAUAUGCGUUUGUUUCUUUUCUUUUUCCGACAUCAUCGUUGUAUCUGUUUUGGUGUAUUACCUUAUUGGCUGGCAAGGACUUAUGGGAAUUCUGUUUUCAACGAUGUUACUUCCUUGUGUGUUGUUUAUAUCAUCGGUUUGUGCCAGACUUCAUCUAGAAAUCUCUAAGGUAUCAGAUAGACGUAUUUCACUGAUGAACGAACUUGUGACUGGUAUCCGUGCCUUAAAGACGCAUGCGUGGGAGGAAUACUAUGAAAAGAAAGUAAUGGAUGUGAGAAGGUGAGACAGGCAGUUUAUUGUAUUACAUAAUACCAAUUUAUGCACUGAAGCACACGCGCCAACUCCGCGGUAUGGCCAGUACCUUACGCAUACGAACAACCAUAUCACCCCGGCAGUGGCAGUAAUUGGUAUUGUAUAUAGCCUACGUGUAGCCACACCCUACCCCCGACAAAGGAAAAACGGAGAGAGGGAGGAGAGAGGGAGCUCCCUCUCUUCGUUUUUUCUUUGUCGGGGGGAGGGUGCGGCUACACCUAGGCUAAUCGUAUACAUUUAGCAAUUCUUGAAUGAGACUGAGUAUGAUGUGAUGCAGUUCAGGGAGGACGUUAGCCACCAAGGCUGAAGGCCGAAGUGGAUAAUUAAUAAAAAAAAAAAAACACCCUCUGAGAUCUACAUCACAUCAUACGAACACCGACUUUAAUAAUUGGUUUAUAUUUCAUUCCAAAUCUUUUUAAGUUCUUAACAAGCUUACCUCUUAGUAGACUUUCUUCAAAACUUAGCCUAUUCCUGGGCACCGUUUCAGGUUAUACAGCUGUUUCGAAAAAGUUGUCUGAAAAGGUGCACGCGACAAUCCCGAAAGUUACUGUGAGUGGUUUUGAGUUCAAUGUUCUUCAAAGAAAUUUGAAAGAUCGGCACGAGAGGCCUUGGACAUAUGUUUGCGAGUGCUAAAAGAAAACAACAAAAUUAGGUUCGACAGCUACAGUGUCAGGUACAGUGUAUUGAUCAUACCCCAUAUUACUUUUCGGGAUUGUCGCGUGCACAUUUUUUCCGACAACCUUUCUCGAAAUAAGAGUAAACAGAUGUUUUUUUUGUAGAUACUCGCUCCUCAAAAAGUAGAUAAUAUAUCCAUCGAGCAACAUGUUUUGCAUAUUUUUGCAUGUAUUCCGUUCCGGGUUUAGUCAGGAAUUAAGGUUAUUUCGCCUUCUUUGGAUAGCCGUGAACGCGUUUUUUUUGGUUUAUUCGCGAAGUAACAGAUUGGCGGCCGUGCCUGGAAACGAGUUUAAUCGAUGUCUAUUGCCCAAGUAGCCUCGUUUUCAGGCAUAUAACCAUGGAUCAAACUCGUUUCUAAUCAAAUAUACCAUCGAAUCGCCGAUCGAUGGUAUAUUGCUCCCGUCUUCCAAAUAUGGUAAGCGCCAGUCGGUAAUAAAGAAUUAGCUGGGGGAUUGGAACCAAUAAGAAGUGGCGAAAUAUUUUAAAUGAAUAAUAAACUGAGAUAUUCCAAUGAAAAGCCAUAUAGUAAAUUUCAUUAUAUACAAAUUACAGGCAAUAAGAGGCAAAAGCCAAUUGGUUAUAAGUAGUGUACCGCUCUCGCGCUCAGUUAGUAGGGGGUAAGUAGAGACAUACAGCACUCAAGCCGUUUCAGGUUGGGCGUUUGACGUUUGACGUUUGUAGCAUCUACUUGCUUAGCUACACGUCUUAACCUCAAGGAAACUUCGAAAACAUGAAAGAAUUAUUUCACGAGAAGAGGCCGCCAUAUUGAAGUUUCAGACAAUUGUAGUGUUUAAUUUUCAGAUGGUCGCAAAAAGUCCUAUUUCUACUCAUUCACGGCAAAUUAAACUACAUUGUAGUCUUGUACAAAAAAAGGCCGGUCUACAUAACAACAGAAAUUCAGGAUAAAAAACAAUCACGUAAAUCAUCUAUCAUGACUUCCGUGAAAACCUACCUUCAGGCGUUGAAAACCCAACUUGAGAACUUGAUCAAAGUCGACUGGAAGGCUUGGUCAAGUGACUUCUAGAGGUUUGCCGUUUGAGGUUUCUGAUGAAACUCUGGGUGUUAAGAGUCUCUAUUAUUGAGUUUUCUAAAGGGUGAUUCUAAGAACAAAUUAGAAUUGUAGUGAAGAUAACCGGUUGUUAUUAAGGCCUUCGCGUGUAUUUUUGCCAAAAUCUUAUGUAGAAGAUUUAUAGUAACGAUGUUUUUCUUCAUUAAUUUUCAGCUCAGAGUUAUGGAUUAUUCUUAAAAAGAGUGCCCUGUUAUCUCUCGUGCAGGGUGGUGAACAAUCGUCAGCAAGCCUUUCGGCGUUUCUAUCCAUAGUCACCCUAGUCCUUACUGGACGAUUUGUUUCGACUUCUAAGGCUUUCAUGCUACUCGCUCUUUUAAACGUUCUUAUCAAAAUGAUAGUCAACAGAAUGGGACAUGCUGCUCCUGGGGUCUUUGAGGUCUUUGCUUCCUUUGAAAGAAUUGAACGUUUUCUUUUACGUGAAAAUGUGUCACGGCUUGGCUCAGCCGAAGACACUGAGAAUUUUGGUAGCGAAGAAAAUGCUCAGGUGAAAUCACCCGUGGAGGAACAGAAAGAACAUCUGACUAUUGAAAAUGGCAUCGUUGAAAACCACAAUGGAGUACCAGGGAAAAGAGAUUCGAAACUAUCAGUCUCGGGACUCUCCUGCAAACUGGAUAAUUCUAGUGAAAAGUUUCUUCUCCGAGACAUUAGUUUCGUUGCUCGUGAAAAUAGUCUUACCGUAGUUACCGGUCCAGUUGGUGGUGGAAAGUCAACCCUCCUGGCCACAAUCGCUGGUGAGGUGACGAAAACAAGUGGUGAAAUAUUUUGCCAGGGAACUAUAGCCUAUGUACCCCAAUCGGCGUGGGUUUUCCCGGGGACUAUCAGAGAGAAUAUAUUAUUUGGUGAGCCAUUCGAGGCGCAAAGAUAUGCCGACGUUUUAAAGGCCUGUUCGCUGGCAGAGGACAUCAGCAGAUUUCCUCAAGGAGAUUUAACAUACGUUGGAGAACGUGGUGUUGUGUUUAGUGGCGGUCAGCGGGCUCGUGUCAGUCUGGCACGCGCAGUGUAUGCAGAUGCAGACGUGUAUAUCUUGGAUGAUCCUUUAAGCGCUGUGGAUAUUAAGGUGGGUGAACACAUAUUUGAAGAAUGUAUCUGCAAGCUUCUAGGAAACAAGAUUAAAAUACUGGUGACAUAUGCAGAGACUUGUCUCAAAGCGGGCGACCAGGUUGUUGUUCUUCACAAAGGAUUUGUGGCAGGAAAAGGCACCUUCCAAGAGCUGCAAGAAGAUGAAAAAAUCCUAGAUAUUAUCAAAGAUGUCUCAGCUAAUAACAAAAGAAUAAAGAAAGUGAGUCCUGGAAAAGUUAAAGAAAAAGUCAUGCCUACCAUGUGUAGCAAAGACGCGGCCUUGACCAGUGGCGGCUUUGGUGAAAAUUUGGAGAUUUCAGAAGAAGAGAUGGCCACAGGAAGUAUUUCAUUUUCUUUGUACUGGAACUACAUUCGAGCAGGAAUGCAUCCCGUAGCAAUUAUAUGCUUGCUUCUCUUUUUUCUGGUGACGCAAGGUAAGGAAACUAACCAUAACCUUCCGUGAACCAUAAAGGGGGUGUGUCACAUGGCUGUCUAGAGUUCACUCUGAUAGUAUUGCCAAUGACUCUUCCUUAUGCACUAUGACACUUAACGUUAACCAAGAAAUUACUUCACUAAAUUAGUUGUAGUCGACCCUACUGAUAGAUGUUUUGAUAAAAUUCGUGACACAGCUCUUUUAAGCUGCAUUAAAUUGAGGUGAUUCUGAAGACAAAUGCAUUGAUUUACUACUCCAAACUGCAGAGGCCUUCAAACCACAACGUAGAAGAAUCUAAGCCCCUCUUAUGAAGUCAAUAACUUUUAGUUUUAGCAGAAUUCAAAUAAAUAUCUCCUCAAAAAUCCAUGAAGCAUUUCCAAAUUCCAAUUCGAUCUGGAACAUCAUACGAGUUCUAAGAACAAGUGCUUCGUGGGUAAACAAAUUACAAUUACCAGCUAAUUACAGUGAUUACAAUUAUGUUUUUCCAGCGGCUUCCAAAAUGCAAAACAUAAGCAUCGCAACGAAAUCGAACUGAUUACAGACAUGUUCACGGCAGGAAUCCCUUUCGCCUUUUUCUUGAAUGUUCUUGGUUUCUGUCCGCACAAUGAUUCAAAAUUUGGAUUUCGAGUUCAAACGUAAACCCCUGCUCCUUUUCCUAACGUGCCACCGAGAUUUUAAAGGCUUUUCAAUAAAGUUUAUUUACUGAUUUUUCAUGUUCCUUAACGUAAUAACUAUUGGGAGUCAAUUAUUGUUGUUGGCGGAGUCUCGCUUUGAGUAAGCUCUGUUUGCUGGGAUACCAAAUAAUGAAAACUUUAUUUUGGGAUGAAUUUGGCCACAGGAGUGGCCGAUUAUUUAAUUUAAGCAUAUUAUAAAGCUAGGAAAAUCCGGUUUCACAAGAUGAUUCGAUCCAAACAAAGGAGAGGGCAAACCCGCCAUCCCAGAGAGUAAAAUGAAGCAAAAGGGAAUGAAAGGAGGGUGAAUUCUGUCCUAAAUUUCUUGUUGCAGUGAGCAGAGAGGCUUGGUGCCUCCCCUUUAUGUCUUAAGAAUACACAUAUAAUUUCCCGGAUGGCAGGAAGGCCCUUUACUGCGGCCGGAGAAAUGAAACAUUUAUCAGUCACAUUAAGCAUAAAACCAUUUAUUUCUUUCAGAAAUAACUUUCAUUUUCUUCUUGUCUUCCUUCUUCCUCUGCAGUUGUGCUGGUAGCGCCAAAUAUCUGGCUUGCCAUUCUGACCAGAAUGACCAAGGAAAAACAACAAGAUGCAACAACAAUUCAAAUUUAUGGCAUCCUUGUUGCCGCUGCGUUUGGUUUGGGUAUCGUCCGGGCCUUUCUUUUGUUCCAUGUUUUACUGAGAUCAGCCCAAGCUCUCCACAACAGGAUGGUUACCUGCCUUCUAAAAGCGCUAGUAUUAUUUUUUGACACGAAUCCCGCCGGAAGAAUACUCAACAGAAGUUCAAAAGACAUGGGCUGCAUUGAUGAACUCUUACCCACCACAUUUCUGGCAGUAGCUCAGUAUUUUAUGAUGUUAAUUACAGCAGUGAUUCUCCCUUCAGUAAUAAACGGUUGGUUUGUCUUUGUCACGCUACCCUUAAUAGCUGCUUUUGUGUACUUGACGUGGUAUUACUUGAACACCUCAAGGGAACUUAAGAGGCUGGAGUCAAUCUGCCGUAGUCCCGUUUUCUCGCACUUCUCGGAGACCAUGGAGGGCUUAAGCACUAUUCGCACUCGAAAGAAAGAAAAAGGUUUUCUAACACGAUUUUACCGGUAAGAUAUUUUUUCACUUGUCGCAAAUACUUAUUACUUCUUUUCAUUAUGCUGCUUAAAUAUGUUUUGGGGGUAAAUAAGCGAUUUCGCACAAGGUUAGUGGUCGAGAGUUACCCUGUGUGAGAGUAUGUGAAACGAUUCUCCACUACGAUUGUUAGAGCGGCAGAACGUUGAUUUUUACACGAACGAUUUGUAGAGCAAAAUGCACGCUAAAUUCUCUAGCAAUGAAUGUGACAAUGAAAAAUUUUCAGCGCGUACCAAAUGCAGAGUAAAGGGUUCUGGUAGGGCCUUGUGCGGAAAAUUGGCGACUGUUGUGUUCACAAUCAAACAAUUUGAGCAGAAUUGCAAUAACAAUUGCGCAGAAAAUCUUCCGCCCUGAGGAUUAGCACAGCAAACUUUUCACGAGCCCUUGAUAAUGCAAUUACUUCUGUUUGGAAUAGAAAUGUGCUGUGUGAUCCUUUGAACAGAAUAACCGGUGACAUUUGUUAUGUAUUGAAUAACUUGGCUAACUUGAAUAGCUUCGUCUCAUUCAGCAAGUUCCAGCUGAAUGAGACGAAGUGUAUGGAGAUGAGGAUUUGUCAGAAAUCCUCAUCUCCUUGCACUCAAGUUUAGUACAAAGGAGUCUCUCGAACUCAAUCCUAUUGUUAUUAAUGACAAGCAAAUUGAUAUUGUUUCGAAUGCUAAGAUCCUGGGUGUAAAUGUCUCUCGCGACCUAAAAUGGAACCAUCAUAUUGCCGAAAUUGUUAAGAAAGCUGGGAAACGGCUGUUUUGUCUCUCUCGUGUAAUUCCUCUCUCUGGUGUCUCAUUUGUGUUUAUCAUUAUCAUUAUCAUUUAUUAUUAUUAUUAUUAUUAUUAUUAUAAUUGUUACAAUCAUUAACAAUAUUUGGACGAGGUUGAGUAACAUAUAGUGAUUUGUCAGUGGCGAGCAGAUCAAUUCAGUUUGCUGAAGCCGAAGGCUAAGGCAAAUAAUUGAUCUGCGAGACACCGACAAAUCACGAUAUUUUGCGAUAACCUAGCUCAAUAAUUGUUUUAUCUUUCGAUCACCGAAUUUUUUUAAUGAAUAUCUUCGGGAAGCGAAGCGUUCUGCCAUUUUUGCGCAAGAGAGAACAGCAGAAUAUUAUUUGCAGCCAUACACAUUCGAACGACAUUGCGUAUGAGCACUCCAUUAUUUGUAGGCAGUUGUUUGCAGGUCACGUGGUGGGCUCUCGGCCAAUGAAAAGGAAGAAAAUUUUACUUGAGUGACAAUCAUCAUUAUUUUUCGUCUGUAGACAUCAAGAUCUGCAUAACGAAGCGUUUUACAUGGUGAAAGCAAGUUCGUUUUGGCUGGCAGUUAGAGCGGAUCUCUUGUGCUCUGUGUUGAUCACUGCUGUGGCUUUUGCUUUUGUUCUUCUGUCUCAAGAUCCAGGUAAAGGAAUGCAGCUUAAUUAGAUUUAAUCAAAUGUUCAUCAUUACUGAAAUAUUAUUGCGUUUUUCCUAUACACCAGAUAGUAAUUUUGAAAUCUCUACAUCUCGGAACAGCUCAAGUGCAGUCAGCGUGAGAGAAUACUGGCAAACUCUGGUUUUAGGCUCGAUAAGGGUACAUGACUCGGUCUGCAACCACGUGACAUGGCGGCCAUGUUGGUGAUCAAAAAAAUAAAAAUUAUUUCAAAGAAUGUACAUGAAAAUGGAUUUUAGUUCUCAGACGAGAGAGAUGUUUUUGUUCUUGAUCACUAAAAUGGCUGCCAUGACGUCUCGUGAAAACCAGCAAUAACCCAGGUUGAGCCAACUAGGUUGAGCAAAGAGCACUCUUGGCAAAACAAUUAAAGGUCAAAUAUUCAAGGCGCCUAUAAUCAGAGCUGGAUACAUUACAUAUUAAGCGACUACGCUUUUCCGAAAAAAUAUUAAGAAAACCUAGGUGUCAGAGUUACUUAACUUGGCUACAAUAAAACUCCACUCAGAGAAGGGCAACUUUCGAGUCCCUCCCCAACUUGAAAGUUGAAUAACUUCUAAACCGCUUAGGUAUAACAGCCAAAUUCGUAACUUUUCUACGGGAGAAGACACGAUGACGUUACAUUAGGGCAUUUUUACACUAAAAUGCAGUAUACAUAUACCUAGUUGUUACAGAUAAUGAUUACAUCGUGAUCAUCACUCGCUACUGCAGAGCAUGCGCACUUAUUCCUUAGAGGGUUGCGCAAGAAACCUUUCCUACUUAUUUCGAGUUGUGCCGACUCCUGCCAUGUUAAUUUCUCUUCAGCAGACUUGUAUUUUAGGGCAAUUACAAAAUAAGAUCGACUUAAGGGAAGUUUUGUGAGCCUGCAAGAGUGAGAAACCACCACAAACCCUUGUUUUCACUAAAACCGCUGGACACAAAACCUCCCCUGGGUCGAUGUUACAUUGUCACAACCGCAUUUCAGGGACGUUUUCGCCCCAUGAAAGGUGACCCAAGACAGUAUUGGAUUCUGGAUUCCACGCAGUGGAUUCCGGACUCUAAUAGUUAGUGGGAUUCCUGAUUCCUUGAGCUGAAUUUGGGAUGCGAGGAUUUCGAACUGUACGAGCUAAAAUUUUCUAGACUCUGGAAUCCAGAUAACCUUAACGACGGGUCAUUAUUUAUUGCCCGGGGGGAGGGGGGGGGGAGGGAGGAGAGAAUUUGGGGCUAAACAAGGCGAUUAGCCGAUCCCCCCCUUGAAUGUUACUUCACUGAAGUGAUCCCCCCUAAUAACGUUUGAUGACUUUCGCGAUCCCCCUCCACGUCUUCAUUUUCUAAACAAAUUUGAGUGGUCUCCCUUCUGAAUCCUUCCAAAGUUUUCAGCAAUCCCCCCUUUUGGGUUGUCAGUUACGACUGAUCCCCCAUUUUGUUCUCCUAACAGUCAAGUGAUCCCCCCAAAAAUACUCCCCCCCCCGCCAGGCGAUAAAUAAUGACCGGUCCCUUACAUGGGGCGAGAAGUAUAUAUUAGGCUGAUUUAGCAACAGAACGGGAACGUCAUUUGACGACGGGAAAGCGCGCGGAAAGGACUAAAUUCGACUUCCGGUGCGCAAUUUGCAGCUCUGCCAUUGGUCAAGCCAGUUGUUUGAUUUGUCCUCGCAGUCGUCAACUGACGUUCCCGUUCUGUUGCUAAAUCAGCCUAUUUAACGCUCCGUCUGCGAAGCACGUCAACCGGAUGUGAGCGUUUUUCUCUUUUAAUAUAUCUUAACUCUACCAAAUUUGUAUUGCUUAGUGUCAAUUUACUCUUAAAGAGAGGUUUUGCCCAAGAAUUUGUUCAAAAUCACGGCGGAAGGGUGCAAAAACUCCACUUCCGGUUGACGUGUGUCGCUCAAAAACAUCGUUGCUCAAACUCCUUAAGAUGUAUACAAUACUUUUCUUAUAGCAUUGACUGGUCUUGUCCUGGUCUACACCAUUAACACUGCCAAGAUGUGCCAGUUUGCUGUGCGGCAAUUUGGAGACGUUGAAAAUGCGAUGACGUCUGUCGAGCGAAUCAUGGCCUACACCAAACUGGACACUGAACCAGGGUACAAAAUCAAAGCACUUCCGCCAGAGAACUGGCCAAGUGCUGGUCAUGUGAGUUUCAGAGAUGUUUCGUUGAGGUAUUACCCAGGUGGACCAAAAGUUCUGAAAAAUUUGUCUUUUGAAAUUCAAGAGAAACAAAAACUAGGAAUUGUCGGUCGCACAGGAGAUGGGAAAUCGUCAAUUGUAGCGGCUCUUUUACGCAUGCCUGAGGCGGACGGAGAGAUAGUUAUCGAUGGCGUCUCAGUAAAAACUAUUCAAUUGCAAGAAUCACGAAAAAGUGUUUCUGUUCUAAGCCAGUCGCCUGUGCUUUUGAGUGGAACCCUUAGGAAAAACCUCGAUCCCCUUGAGAAGCACAGAGAUGAUGAGUUAUGGAAUGUCCUUGAAGAAGUAAAAAUGAAGAAACUGGUGGAGAACCUGGAGGGUCAACUUAACUACGAGCUUUUAGAGAGAGGUGAGAACCUAAGUGUCGGUGAACGCCAGUUGAUCUGCUUAGCUCGCACGUUGCUACAGCAAAAUAAGAUCGUCAUCUUAGAUGAACCGACAGCAUCCGUAGAUCCUAAAACAGAGCAAACAAUCUGGACAACGGUGCGCGAGAAACUGAGGAAUUCCACGGUCAUUAUAAUUGCUCAUCGUCUGAACACUGUGAAAGACUGUGACGAAAUUUUAGUUAUGAAAGAAGGCCAGGUAGCUGAGAUGGACUCCCUUGAUGUACUACUUAGUCGCGAGGGCGGGAUUUUUCACAACAUGGCCGCUUCUCAGGAUUUAUUGUCCUAGUUGUGAAUAAGGCCCGGUUCGCAAAAUACGUUAUAAUAAUUUAUGCCAUUAGGUUAGGCGCCAUUUACGUCCGGCGCGUGAAUUAAAGCCGUCUCAGAGUAGCACCAAAGUCUAAGUGAAUUGGGCUAGGCGGGAAGAACGGCUGAGCCGUUCCAAAUAGAGAUUGACGUUCCUAAUUGACUCAGACGCCGAAAUUUUCAUGUGUUUCAUUCGUUAUUAGGUUCGGCGUCUGAACCGGGGCUAAAUCCUUUCAUUCUAUAGAAAACAGGAAAGAGUGGGUCCUAUGAAUUAAGAUCGAUAAACUUCUUUUAGUAUAUACCACGUACAAAGAUUCUUGAAGCUUAUCUAAUCAAUUCCCUACGAUUUUUUGAAGAUUAAUUUUUCGCAUUUCCCUCUUAGGUUAGGAUAUAUUUCGUAGAAAAAGGAAACCUAAAAUUAUCAGAGAAUUCUCAUCUGCAUAAAGAUUUAAAGUUAAAUAUAAAAUUUUCGCGAAAGCCGGCCCUUGAAGCCGUUGUAAUUUCUAUUAAAACUCAAGUUACCUCCACGAUAACCGAAGGCAAGUUUUACAGCGCGGCUUAUGCAUUUCUAAAGAUCUAAAGUACUUUAACUCUGAAUAGCCUAAAUGUGUUUAAAAAUUGAAUAUACUUAGGUGGUCGUUGUCUAUUCUUACUGUUAGAGAGCCAUAGAAGCAAGAGAAUGACAUUCUCCAAAUCGUAUAAUUACAAAAUUUGAAAAGAACCAUCUUCGGGCAUCUGGAACCCCUCUUAAGCAAUAACAUAUAUCAAAAACUCUCUCGCAAUGUAUCAUUCCCCAGCCAUCAUUAAUCCGAGAAAUAUGGAGGUCGUGCUUCAGUGCUUUCUCCUCAGCAAGUUAAUUAAGGAACUCCGAUUCCAGAAUAAAUUAAAAAUGCAGACAAUUAUACAGAAUUUAAAGUCGAGCUUAAAAAAAAUUAUUUCAGAGAUAUUUUUUUAAUAUUAUUUUAUUUUUUGAAUAUUUUUCCUGCCUCGUCCUCUGUAUUGGUGCUCGCGCUCUUCUCUCGUUCCCGGCAUCCCCCUCUCGCACUUCUCGUUUACCCCGUGCUCCCCAUUAAGCCUUGGGAAAGCCUGGGGUGACAGGCAGAUAUGUAUUGUGUCUGUAUGUCUAAUUCACACAGAAUGACCGCUCUAGAAUGCCUCAAUGAUAAAUCUUACAACAGCAGCCUCUGUGGAAAAUGGAUUGCCGGGCUUCCUUCUUUGUGAUAAAUCUACAAAUUUGAACAAAGCACACUUUGAAAUGUUAUUUUGACUUGUGCAUUUUUUCUUAUUCUUACUCGUAUUUUAAAUGCUUUAAUUACAGCUUAUCUCUGUAGUUAUGUAAACUUAAUACUGGAUGAAAAUUUUUUUAAUAAGUUGUAAUAAAG